AUGGUAGUAAAAGCUCACGUUGACAUGAUGAGUUUGAAUAAACCUGAAUUAAAUUUGCUCGUCCCUGUACACGUUAUAUUACUAAUUGAAAGCCAACCAAUUGGAAAAUUUAUCCAGAUGUUUAAUUCCACUGAAGUGUUAGUUGUUGGGGAACAUGACCAAUUGAGUCAAGCUGUGGACCAGAAACUUAGUGAUGCUUCGACAAUUGUUCUCAGCGCCCCUAUCUUUGCCACAAUUUUUGCUAAAGUAUUCCUGAAGGAAGCUUGUGGUAUUAUCAACACCAUUUUGGUUCUAAUGACAUUAGGAGGUGUCUUACUCGUUGCAAAACCAGCAUUCCUGACUGGAAGCUCUAUCUCGACCAGUCACAUUGUGGGAUCAAUUAUAGCUUUUACCGCUUGCAUUCUCGACGGUUUGUGGUUCGUUGCAAACAGAAAGCUGCAGAAGACUCAUUUUUCUGUCAUUAUUAUAGUUUACUCAAUAGUCGUCAUCAUCUUGGAUACAGUAAUUCUUGCUUUUCUGGACGGGUUUAACCUUCGUGUUUGUGGAAACGAUGGCAUCUACUUAGUUGGUGUGGCUUUUUGUGGCAUCGGAGGACAACUUUUAAUAACAGCUGCACUUAAACUGGAAAAUGUAGGCCCAAUUUCAAUAGCUAGAACAAUUGAUAUAGUUCUAGCAUUUAUUUUUCAGGUUACAACGACUGGUGAAAAGGUCACUUGGUCAAGUGUUCUCGGAGCCAUUCUA